CGAAUUUCUUCCCUCGAGAGCGGACUGUCUGCCUUCCCCCCCCCCCCCAACGCUGAUUUCAUAUAUUUUAUUAUUCAAGAUGUCGAAGACUAGAUAAGCUCGGAAAUCAGCGGGGCUAGGAUCGCUGCUGGUGCUGGCUUGGUUUCCGGGAAUGUCUGGGAUCCGUGACAUUGCUUGAAGCAAAGCCCCUUGUCAUCCUUCGAAUUAGUGAGUUAUGGAUGUGCUUGAGACUUUUCUUUGCUCCUUGGAGAAUCUUUGACGGAGACUGCCUUCUUUAAACCAAUGUGGUUUUCCAUCGGAAGUUCGUUGGCAGUGAAUUUUGAUUCCACGUCCUCUCUGUCAGCCCGGCCCUCAGCAUCGUGCACCUGUUUACCCCUCGCCUCGUUGUGUUCUCCAUCGUUCAUAUGAAAGUCUUAUACUAAGACAAAGCGGAAAUUAAGGACUGUGCUGGACCCGGCAUGGUUGUCAUCCCUUUAUCACCUGUCGCCGCCCCCCUAGAGGACUCGUUGGACCACUGCAUCUAUUCUACAAUCGCAAGACAAGAGCUUGUUUUGCACAGCAGCCAUGGCUGCUGGCACAAUGACUGCGUUUGCGGACGGCGAAAGGAUGGACGGUAUCAUGACUUCUCUGAAGGUGCAUGGCAUCCCCAAACAUGAGAUGCCAAGCAGAUACGAAUCGGACGAGGAAGACAUGUCGGAAGCGGAUCUCCCGAGUACUGACGAUCAUGUUUACUCUCCUAUCGAUAGUGAUAUCGGCGCCGUCGACUAUGAUCAUGAUCGCAGGUCACCCUCAAAUUCUCCAAACAGUGACUUCGCCUUCCGAUUGCCGAGUCCUACCCCAGGACCCGAGACGCCCAAGUCUCCGGUCCGCGAUGGAAAACGAGGCAGCUGCUUGACGCUUAUGGCGCCGAAAACCCCCAAGCAUGAAAACAGCGAAAAGCAGGUUAGAAGGUCUUAUGGUCCGUAUCGCGACUCUCCCCCUUCUCACAAAACGCGGUUCUUUUCAUCCAUGCUUCUCGAUGCGGAAGCACGUCCUCUCCGACAAUCAAUAUGUUCCGAGAUCCUCUCAUCCGAUGAUGAGUUGGGCCACGAAACUCACUUCCUUAUUGCAACGUCCGUUGUAUACCAUGUCCCAGAUUCCAAGCCCAACAUCAUCUCUGUCGGCCCUGCUUCUUCACCAUCUACCACUCCUCCCGUUCCUGAGCAACAGAAGAAACGACCUGCCCCUCUCAAUCUUGCUCCAGCAAGACAAGCAUCUGCGAAUUCUUCCCGAACACCCGGGAAAGUAAAAAACCGACUGGCUCGACUCAUGAGCAGCAGCAAACAAGAGAAGCGGAGGGGCUCUUACUUCAUGCAGUUACCCAAUACUUCGAAUUCAUCCAUCCUUGAAACACCUUCUUUUGUUAUGCCGAACUGGGAUGCCGCCGAAGGAAACUGGAGGCAGUCGGGCCCUGAGUUUGAGCAAUCACCCGAAACCCGUUUCCCAGAGAGAGAUUCCUGGUUUUCCCACAGAAUGAGCAAUACAUCUUCCCGCUACUCCAGCCAAAGCCAGAAGAGCCACGCUUCGUUUAGUCAGGCGAAAGAGGAGAAGCCCACUCCAGCUCUUACACGAUCAGGUGGAUUUAGAAAACGGAUGGCAUCCCAUGGAGAUAUUCUCAGUACCGAGUCGCCAUCUCCCCAGCCACCAUUUUCGAGCUUUCCUUCUAGCUCCGUCAUGGCAGAGCAAAAGAAACGAUUCGUAUACAGCUUAACCCCACCUUCUGAUCGUUCCUUAACACCACACAGCAACAGUGGCGCCCGCACAAGUUCUUCUAAUCAGAUGUACCCCACCAGUGGCCAGACACCUCCUCCAAGCUCAACUUCCCGUGAAAAGGCAUAUUCGAUAAAGAGCGUGGCAAGCAAUUCAAGCAAACUCAGCCUGUCGCCCUUUGAUACCACUUCUUUCAAGAGUUUAGCACAGCGAUACGUCCCAACGCCCACUCGCGAAUAUUCCUCUGCCCAACGCCGGCCCUCAGGCAGUCUUUUAUCGCCGGGACCAAGGUCCGACAGCAGAUUCCGCGAAAGUCGACAUAAUUCCGAAAUUAGCCCUGGCGUAUCGCGGACUCACACGUUGGCCCUCGGAGAAGAGAGAAGCUUUGGCACCUGGAAGGAAGAAGUCCAUGAAAAGCCCAAGAGAUCCUCUCCCAGCAAGCACAAACACUCAUCGUCAAAAAGCGUAAAAUGGUUCCAAGACAAAGGUGGAAACAUGAGCCAGGCGGGAACCAAGGCACUUAACGGCCUUGGGUCGAUGAUUAAACGAAAAUGACAUAACCCACUAGAAUCCCCUCCGGUACUAUCUUACGCAUUUCUCUUUCAAUCUUAUGUUGGCAACAUUGUCUCUUUCUUCAUAGGAGGUUCCAUAUUUUACGCAUUCGACUUAUAUUACAAUUACGGCAUUUAUUGGCUGCCGCUGCUUUCGUCGGCACCUUUUCACCUUUUGAGACCUAAUGGUGGACACCAUUUCAUUAUGCAUUUUAGUGAACAUCCCUUUCCUUAUCUUCAGAAACCUGGGUGGGUGGCUACUUUGGAUGCUGGUUUGUUUUCCUUGCUCUCUUACGGCGUUUCUUUUUCCAGAAUGUAUUUUUGAUAUAUGCUUGAUUUAUCUUCUCAAGCUAUCCCGGAAUUUUCUCUACUUCGAAAGAUCUCCGCUGCUCCUUGUUGGGCCUCGUUUUGGUCUUGGAAAUUGAUAAUUCCAAUAUCUGCAACUUCUUCACGGUGUCUCGUCUUAUACGGACUACCCCUACCUCAACGACACGAAAUACAUGCAUUUUUUGUGGCUAAGAAACAGACUUAACUUCCGUCUAUUGGAACCAUAUUCUCGCCUUUCCGGGUUGUUGCCUUCAGCAUUUUCAUGUGAGACUUUGAUCCGCUAUCAUACCUAGGUGGGCGUCGACAGGAAGCCAAACUGUUGCCAGUGAGGAAUCAAAGUCUUCUGGUAUGAGCGCUUGUGGACCAGGAGAGAGCUCAUACAUCGGAUACCGUGGUACUCAGCAAAGGAUUCACCCCCAAACGCAGUCAAACACAUCGAUCCAUUAAAUCGCCGAGAUGUUGACAUCAUGAUACGAGCGCAUCCUUGUCAGCGGGGCCCUAUAAGAAGCCUCACCAAAGUCUGCACGGAAGAGCGAAUCCGAUGCAGAAAGCAAAUUUUCACCUUCAGCCAAG